ACAAAUUUCUAAGGAAAAACAUUAUGCCAAAACUGCCCUUUAAGUCUAAUACUCUCAAACCUUCGAUUUAUUUGUCUAAUUAUUGGAAUCCGGUGGUGCUAAUAUUGAGGUUUUUAAUUCUUUCCGAAGUGUUGUUAACAUGGAGAGGCAUUCUCAACCGCCAUGGAAAUAAAAAAGAGUUGAAAGCUGAGUCUUAGACAGCCUCUUUGAAGGUUCCACAUUACUAUAUCUUGUUCAAUUCAAUGCUGAGGUUGCCUAUAAAGCUCUUAAAACUAUCAACUGAUGCUAAAAACCUUAAAAAUGGUAAGAUGAUCCAUGCCCAUUUAAUCAUAACUAACCAAACCACCAAAAUCCACAUUUUUGAAAUGAAUUCCUUAGUGAACUUUUAUGCAAAAUGUGACCAAGUUUUGAUUGCCCGUAAGCUAUUUGAUAAUAUGCAGCAGAGAAACGUGGUUUCUUGGAGUGCUUUGAUGGCUGGAUAUUUACAUAAUGGCUUUUCGUUGGAAGUAAUUAGCUUGCUGAAACAUAUGAUUGCCGAGAGCGAUAUAAGCCCGAAUGAAUAUAUUUUUGCUACUGCACUGUCUUCAUGCUCUGAUAGUGGAAGAAUUGAGGUGGGCAUACAAUGUCAUGGUUUUGCAUUCAAGUCCGGCUUGGUGUUUCAUCAGUAUGUAAGGAAUGCUCUUAUACAUAUGUAUUCAAAGUGUUUGACAAUACAAGAGGCUAUGAGGAUUUCCGAUUCAGUGCCUAGAAAUGAUAUCUUUGCCUAUAACUCAGUUCUGAUUGGUCUUAUGGAAAAUGGGUAUUUGAUGGAAGGUUUAGAAAUUUUGAGGAAGAUGGUAAUUGAGAAUGUGGAGUGGGAUAUUGUUACUUAUGUUAAUGUUUUUGGACUUUGUGCUUGUCUUAAAAAUUUAAAAUUAGGUUUGCAAGUUCAUGGUAGGAUGUUGAUGUCUAAUGUUAAAUGUGAUGCUUAUGUUAACAGUGCAGCAAUUAACAUGUAUGGCAGAUGUGGAGAUGCUUUAAACGCACAUAGAGUUUUUGAUGGAUUGCAAAAUCAAAAUGUGGUGUUGUGGACAGCAGCUAUAACUGCUUAUUUCCAUAAUGGUUGCUUUGAGAAAGCAUUAAAUUUGUUUGCUAAAAUGCAAUUUGAAGACACAAGAGCCAAUGAGAUCACUUUUGCUGUCUUAUUGAAUGCUAGUGCAGGGUUGUCUGCUCUAAGACAUGGACACUUGCUACAUGCAUGCAUUGAGAAGUCAGGUUUUAAGGAUCAUAUCAUUGUUGGAAAUGCUUUGAUCAAUAUGUAUGCUAAGGGUGGCAUCAUUAAAUCGGCAUAUAUCAUAUUUUCAGAUAUGAUAAAUCGAGAUGUCAUUACUUGGAAUGCAAUGAUAUGUGGGUAUUCACAUCAUGGGCUAGGUAAGGAUGCUCUUCGAGUUUUUCAAGAAAUGUUAGCUUCAGAAGAGCAUCCUAACUAUGUAACUUUUGUAGGGAUUCUAUCUGCAUGUAGUCAUCUUGGGAUGGUGCAAGAGGGUUUCUACUAUCUGAACUACUUAAUGAAACAGAAUGCUAUUGAACCUGGAUUGGAGCACUAUACAUGUAUCCUUGGCCUUCUGAGCAGGGCUGGACGACUUGAUGAUGCUUGGAAUUUUAUGAAGUCUAUACCUGUACAAUGGGAUGCUGUUGCCUGGCGUACUUUACUUAAUGCUUGUCAUGUCCAUCAAAACUAUGAUUUGGGAAUGCGUGUUGCAGAAUUGGUCCUACAGAUGGAUUCUAAUGAUGUGGGAACAUAUAUCCUCUUAUCUAAUAUGUAUGCCAAGACAAAGAGGUGGGAUGGAGUUGUCAAGAUGCGGAAAUUAAUGAGGGACAUAAACAUUAAGAAAGAACCUGGGGUGAGCUGGAUAGAGAUAAGAAAUGCCGCUCAUAUUUUUCUUUCAGAAGACUUUAAGCAUCCGGAGUACCAUCAGAUUUAUUCAAAAGUAAAGGAACUAUUGACUAUGAUUAAGCCAUUGGGAUAUGUUCCACAUAAUGGUGCCGUACUGCAUGAUGUAGAGGAUGAGCAGAAGGAUGAUUAUCUUAGUUAUCACAGUGAGAAGUUAGCCAUUGCAUAUGGUCUCAUGAGAAUGCCUUCUGGAUCACCCAUCAUUGUAAUCAAGAACCUUAGGAUGUGUGAAGAUUGCCACAUGGCAGUAAAACUCAUUUCAAAGGCUACAAACAGGGAGAUCAUUGUUAGAGAUACCAACCGUUUCCAUCAUUUCCAUGAUGGAUGUUGUUCUUGUGCUGAUUAUUGGUGAUAAUAUAAUGUACAUGAAGCUGUGUAAAGAGACACUGCAUGUUUCACAACCUAGAGGUUACUAAAAACCAUAUUACGCUUUGUACAAUCUAGAGAAUUUUCUAGCUUGUUGGAGUUCCUCAUGAAUGUUAAAUUUUGUCAUGGCAAUCAACCGUAGGGCAUGUGCGCUAUCUCAGGAUGCCAUUCGGAGCUUUGAUUGUGGAAUCUCUGGAUAACCAUCUUUUCUGGGAAAUGGUCUUAGCCUGAUUUUUAUUUUGAGCAAAUUUGGGGAAAUAGUUGCUUCUGGUACUAUAUCAGCAUUAAACAGCUCUUUUGUGCUUUCAGAUUGUAAGUCUCUGGUGAACUAUGGAAAUCAUCUACAACAAUUGAUGUCGAUGAAGGUUUAGGAAAUCAAAGGGCUGCAAGCAGAUGAAGAAAAAAUUGUAGCCAUGAGUAAUUGGCCACAACCAACCAUAAUCAGAGCAUUAUGGGGAACUUUGGGACUUACAGGCUACUAUAAAAAAUUCGUCCAAAGUUAUGGCGUGUUGGCAGCUCCCAUAAUCAAUAUGCUACGGAAAAACUCUUUGACUUGGAUGACUGGCUCAAAAGCUGCAUUUGAGGUUAUUAAACAGGCCAUGACGACCACUCCAGUCUUGGCACUGCAGGAUUUCAACUAAAGUUUUGGGGUAGAGUGUAUGCAUCUGAUAGUGGCUUGGGAGCAGUCUUACAACAAGAAGGCGGACCUGUAGCAUUUUUCAGCAGACCAUUGGCACAGCACCACCUUCACUUACCAGCCUAUGAGAAGAAACUUGUUGGUCUCACCAAAGCUGUUCGUCAUUGCAGAUAUUUUUGUGGGGCAGAAAAUUCUUAAUUAGAACAGAUCAUUAUUCUCUUAAGUGCCUCUUGGACCAACGUAUUACCACUUCACCUCAGCAACAUUGACUGUCCAAAUUUUGGGAUUUGAUUUCAUAGUAGAGUAUAGAGCAGGAAGAGAAAACAAAGUUGCAAAUGCCUUGUCACGACAAGAUGAAGAUGGUGGAAUGCUAUCUGCAAUUUUAAUGCCACAAUUAGAGCUUUUUGAUCCUCUAAAAUCAGAAAUUGCAAAUUCUAUAGCUCUAACAGACUUGGUCACAAAGAUCAUGACACUAUUGAUUUACUACAAGCACAAAGCUUAUGUUGAGCCGAGCUCUCCUUCAUCCAGACUAUUCUCUCUGCCUUGCACGAUCAAUACCGUGAGGGAUAUCAGAAAACUCUUAAUGGUGUCGCUGCUGACUUUUAAUGGCUAAUGAAACAGCAUAUACAAAAUUACAUUCGCAGUUGUGUGGUAUGUCAGAAUAAAUCUGAGACUUUACAACCAGCGGGACUUCUGCAGCCUCUCCCAGUUCCCUACUAGGUACGGGUAUAUAUGUCACUCGAGUUUAUUGAUGCCUUACCACUGUCAUAUGGAAAAUUUUUCCUACUAGUGGUAGUUGAUUGCUUCUCCAAAUAUGCUCAUUUUCUUCCACUAGCACAUCCUUAUUCAGCAGCUUCAGUGGCUUGUAUUUUUUUCUGAUAAUAUCUAUAAGUUGCAUGGUUUACCCAAAAUAAUUGUAAGUGACAGGGAUGUAAUUUUGACAAGCUCUUUGGAGUGGAUUAUUCAAUUUGUGUAUAACCAAAUUAUGCUUUAGCU